GCUCCGCGCGGGGCGCCCGGGGCAGAAGGGGAGCGCUCGGGGCGGCGGCGGGAGAGGGAGAGGCGCGAUGCAGGAGAACCCCGACGUGCUGCUGGACCUGGAGGAGGAGGAGGAGGAAGGGGACGAAGAGGUGGACGAGGAGGAUGGGGAGAGCGUCUUGGAAUUGAACCAAGUGAUUAUUCCCACCUAUGGAACUGUGCCAGAUCAGCAAAACCUUCAUACUCCAGAAUGGGCUGAUUUUGAUAAUAAGCCUGACUCCCUGUUCUUCAGUGAUGGGCAACGAAGAAUUGAUUUUGUUUUGGUGUAUGAAGAUGAAACAAAAAUUACUCAUAAGAGGAGUAAUCAUAAAAAGCAAAAGAGGAAGAGACAAGUAUAUGAAUCAAACCUGAUAAACAAUGGCUUGCAACUUGAAGCAACACGAUCGGUUUUGGAUGAAAAAAUUAUUUUUGUGAAAGUGCAUGCACCUUGGGAAGUGUUAUGCACAUACGCUGAGGUCAUGCACAUCAAAUUGCCCCUGCAGCCUAAUGACCUGAAAACUCAGGAGUCAGCUUUCAACUGGUUUACUAGACUCAUCAGAGUGGAUGAAAAUGUCAUCAAACCUGAGCAAGAGUUUUUCACUGCUCCUUUCAAAAGGGAACGUUUAUCCAACUUUUAUAUUCAAGACAAAGACACAUUUUUCAAUCCAGCAACAAGAAGCCGAAUUGUUCAUUUUAUCCUGUCCCGUGUGAAAUAUGCGACCAAAAACAAUGUAAAGAAGUUUGGCAUUAACAAGUUACUGGACACUGGAAUCUACAAAGCAGCAUUUCCCCUUCAUGACUCUAGUUUUAGGCACCUGUCAACUGACCCUGACUGCCCAAGUGAACGUUAUCUUCUCUACAGAGAAUGGGCUCACCCUAAAAACAUCCUGAAACUCCAACCCCUGGAUUUCAUCAGGAAAUAUUAUGGAGAGAAAAUUGGAAUCUAUUUUGCGUGGCUGGGCUUUUAUACUAAUAUGCUGAUCGUGGCUGCAGUUGUAGGAGUUGGCUGCUUUCUGUAUGGAUUCUUGAUGAAGGAUAACUGCACAUGGAGCCAAGAAGUAUGUGACCCCAACAUAGGAGGUAAUAUCAUAAUGUGCCCUCAGUGUGAUAAAGUAUGUACCUACUGGAACCUCACCAUCACUUGUGAAUCGUCCAAGAAACUCUGUAUAUUUGAUAGCUUUGGAACACUGGUGUUUGCAGUAUUUAUGGGAAUAUGGGUUACAUUGUUUUUGGAAUUCUGGAAGAGAAGGCAGGCUGAGCUGGAGUACGAAUGGGACACAGUGGAGUACUUAGAGCAAGAAGAACAAAUUCGCCCAGAAUAUGAAGCUCAGUGCACUCACGUAGUAGUGAAUGAAAUCACACAGCAAGAAGAACAUGUGCCAUACACUGCCUGUGGGAAGUGCGUGCGUAUAGCUUUAUGUACAAGUGCAGUCUUCUUCUGGAUUCUUUUGAUUAUUGCUUCAGUUAUUGGAAUCAUUGUCUACAGACUCUCCGUUUUCCUGGUGUUUUCUGCCACAUUGCCGCGGCACAUUAAUGGCACGCAAGCAAUCCACAAGUACCUGACACCACAGACAGCCACCUCAAUAACUGCUUCAGUCAUCAGCUUUAUAGUCAUUAUGGUUCUGAACAUCGUUUAUGAAAAAGUAGCGAUCCUCAUUACUGACUUUGAGCUGCCAAGGACACAGACUGAAUAUGAAAACAGUUUGACCACAAAGAUGUUCUUGUUCCAGUUUGUCAACUACUAUUCUUCAUGCUUCUACAUAGCCUUCUUUAAGGGUAAAUUUGUAGGUUAUCCUGGAAAUCCUGUUUAUUGGCUAGGAAAGUAUCGCAAUGAAGAGUGUGAUCCAGGUGGAUGUCUCCUUGAACUCACAACUCAGCUUGCCAUCAUAGUAGGAGGUAAAGCAAUUUGGAAUAACAUUCAAGAAGUGCUUCUUCCUUGGGUUAAGAAUCUAAUUGGAAGGUACUGUGCAGAUGCUAGAUCAGAAAAGAUUGUUCCACGCUGGGAACAGGACUAUCACCUGCAGCCCAUUGGAAAACUUGGAUUGUUUUAUGAGUAUCUUGAAAUGGUUAUACAGUUUGGCUUUGUCACCCUGUUUGUGGCAUCAUUCCCACUGGCUCCUCUUCUGGCUCUUAUCAACAACAUGGUGGAAAUCAGGCUGGAUGCAUGGAAGCUGACAACCCAGUUCAGGCGCAUGGUGCCACAGAAGGCACAAGACAUCGGUGCGUGGCAGCCCAUCAUGCAAGGCAUAGCCAUUCUGGCCGUGGUGACCAAUGCCAUGAUAAUUGCUUUUACAUCUGACAUGAUUCCUCGUCUGGUUUAUUACUGGUCCUUUUCAGUCCCUCCUUAUGGGAGCCACAGCAGUUACACCAUGAAGGGGUAUAUAAACAAUACACUCUCUGUCUUCAAUAUAUCAGACUUCAAGAACGCAAGCAAGCCAUUUUCCCCCUGGUUCAGGAACCACACGACAUGCAGGUACCGUGACUUCCGCUACCCUCCUGGGCACCAGCAUCAGUAUGAACAUAACAUAUACUACUGGCACGUCAUCGCAGCCAAGCUGGCUUUCAUCAUUGUCAUGGAGCAUGUCAUAUACUUUGUGAAGUUUAUUAUUUCCUACGUAAUCCCGGAUGUGUCAGAAGAGACCAAGAGCAAGGUCAAACGAGAGAAAUACCUGACACAGAAAAUCUUGCACGAGAACGAUCUGAAAGUUGUGAAAAAAACCAUAGGGAAAAUCGCCGACAAAAUUAUCGAAGGAGUAGACAGCACUUUCAGGCCUAAAACUGACUGAGGACUUUUCUAUACGGAGGAACCAUUUUUAACCAGCUACUACCCAUCCAGGCAUUACCAAUAGCUAAUCAAACACUUUGGAUUAAUUUGUUUUACUAAACAUCAUUUCUUGCAGCUGUCACCUGCUCCUUUGCCUGUUUCCCUUAGGCAAAUGCAACCACUGACACUUGGUUUACAGUUAUCCAUUAUUUAAACCAGCUUUAGUAGGACAUAUUUUUUUAACAUGUGAAGGUAAAAAUUAUCAUCUUAAAAUGAUGCAGAUUCACUCUGAAAUAUACAGAGUGCUUUCCACUUUAUUUAGGUAUGAGCUAUUGGGUCUGAACUUGAAUAAAACCUUAAGAACAAGAAUUAUUUAUUGUAAGAACACCACCACUUUCUCUGACAGAGCUUCAGUUACUUGGUGAUGCAAACCCCAACUAAAAACAGGAAAAGCUAAAACAUGAAGGAAAGAGAAGGAAAAUGCAACUCACAACCAUAUUGUUAAGCUGUUGCAAUUGACUUAUUGAGCACUGUUGUGUGCUUCGCUGACUUAGAAGUGCAUAUUGAGACAAAUGGAUAACAAGAUAUUUCAGUUAAUCAUGGGCUUGGAUCACAAGAAGCAGCAGGACUGUAAGCCCGUCCUGUUCAUCAGUCUCUGUGUAAACAGGAGAACUGCCUUUGAAAUCAGUGCGUACAAACUGACUUUACUGCACUCAGAGCAAGUGGAAAAGUCAGCUAUUUUAUCUUUCCCUGGUCAAUGUACUUCCAUUAGCUCACUUGGCCAUUCUGUUCUGAGUGAACACAGCCUUUAAGGUCUCCCAGCUGUAACAGUAAUGAGUGUUAAAAUUCUUUUCGUAAACUAAAU